UUGUUUCUAACGUCAGUCAUUUGCGUUUCCUCAUUUUUGAGAUUUUUCCGAUUAAUUUAUUCAUAGAAUCAACAUGGACCUUGGAAUGAUUAUUAUUUCUUAGGAUUAUUGUUUUUUUGUUUUUAAAUUUGGAUUGAGUAUUGUUUAUAUGGGAAUUAUUCAUAUAUAUCGGAAAUCUCGUUCUCGAGAUCGAUCUUCUUCUAGGAAGGACUUCGUUCUUGUUACAUGCAAAUGUUGUCUAUAGUCGCUAAAACAACAACAGAAUUCACUUGGAAUUCAGCAAUAUAUAUAAUGAACAGUGAAUCGCUUAUCAAUGUACAAAUUUGGAGUUUUUUUCUUCUCAGCAGAAAAAUGGAGAAUGAGACUGAAGCGAGCGUUGUACAACAGGAAGAACAACGUGAAGAUCAAGGACAAGGGCAGCCACAAAACCCACCACCAGCACUACGACGUCGUUUUGUGAUAUCUCUAUACGUUGGAUAUUUUCUUGCAAGAUGGAGUGCCAGAACUUGGGAAUUCUCAGUUGCUCUGUAUAUGAUUUACUUGUGGCCAAACUCUCUGCUUCUCGCUGCGAUUUACGGCGCCAUAGAAUCUGGUUCUACUGCAAUAUUUGGCCCCAUUGUGGGGCAAUGGAUCGAGGGAAUGGACUAUGUCAAAGUUCUCAGACUCUGGCUCUUGUGUCAGAACCUCUCCUACACCAUUGCUGGUGGUGCAGUCAUCAAGUUGUUGCUAUCUCCCAAUCUUAAGUCCAAUAAUUCCUCUGUUUUUGCAAUCUUGGUUGCGUUGACAAAUGUUUCUGGCGCCAUUGGGAUGCUUUCGACUCUCGGUGGCACUAUCCUGAUCGAAAGAGACUGGGCUGUGGUUAUGUCGGAAGGUCAUCCACCAGGGGUACUGACAAGAAUGAACUCUGUCAUUAGAGGCAUUGAUUUGAGCUCGAAGCUACUGUCUCCAGUCAUCACUGGUCUGAUCAUUAGUUUUGUCUCUCUCAAGGCUUCAGCGAUCACUUUUGCAGCUUGGGCCACUAUAACAGCUUGGGUAGAGUAUUGGCUCUUUAUAUCUGUGUAUAUUGGUGUUCCUGCGAUAAUACGAAGCAAUGAGAGACGGAUCUUGCGCUCUCGGACAAAGCCAGUGGAAGGGAAAGAUGCAGCUGUUCCCGUUUGUAUCGAGGAGGGGUCUCAGGGAAACCCACCAUGCAGAACCGGAAUGCUUAAGAUUCUUGAUAGAAUAUCCGAGUCCUCUUUUGUUGGCGCUUGGAGAAUUUAUAUCAAUCAAGAAGUUGUGCUCCCCGGUGUUUCACUAGCUCUCUUGUUCUUCACCGUCCUCAGCUUUGGAACAUUGAUGACGGCUACAUUGCAAUGGGAAGGGAUACCUACAUAUAUCAUUGGUAUAGGCAGGGGAAUAAGUGCCACGGUUGGACUAGCGGCUACAGUUGUCUAUCCUCUAAUGCAAUCCCGUAUCUCAACGCUGAGAACCGGCCUCUGGUCCUUCUGGUCUCAGUGGAGCUGCCUUUUGGUAUGCGUUGGAUCGAUUUGGGUCAAAAAGGAUAACAUAGGAUCUUACAUGCUAAUGGCCGGAGUUGCUGCUUCGAGGCUUGGCUUGUGGAUGUUUGAUCUUGCCGUCAUCCAACAAAUGCAGGAUCUAGUUUCGGAAUCCGACCGUUGUGUGGUUGGAGGUGUACAAAACUCGUUGCAAUCGGCUCUUGACUUGAUGGCAUAUCUAUUGGGUAUCAUUGUAUCCAAUCCAAAGGAUUUUUGGAUAUUGACGAUUGUCUCAUUCUCUACGGUGACGUUAGCGGGAUUAAUCUAUACAGUUCAUCUCUACCGCAUCCGAAACCAUAUUUUUCACUUUGAGAAAAUCCCUUUACUGAACAAAUGUUGUUUAUUCAGGCUACUCCCUUCUCGUGGUAACAUGUAAUGCUGUGGAAUGCGCCACACCAAUUCUUAAACAUGCAUAUAUAAUCAAUGUCCUUUAUAAU